GGGGACGCUGAGGCCAUGGCGGCGGCGGGCGGGGGAUGCUGAGGCCAUGGCGGCGGCGGGCAGGGGGUGCUGAGGCCAUGGCGGCGGCGGGCGGGGGAUGCUGAGGCAAUGGCGGCGGCGGGCAGGGGACACUGAGGCCAUGGCCGCGCUCCGGUGCUGCUGCCGCUGAGGAGCCCCAGCCGGGCCGUCCCGCCGCAGCGCUCUGGGCCAGCCCUGCAGAUUCCGCUGGGCUCCUGACGCGGCCGAGCCCUGAGGGCUCCGCGCUGUCUCCCCUCAGGCCGCCCCUCAGGAGCUGCGGGAGCGGGACGCGAAUCCAGCGGCGCUUCUGGAGCGAUGGAGCCGCUGCCCGAGCUCUUCUCCAUCUUCCAGGGCGAGGUUGCUGCAGUGACAGAUUUUGGGGCAUUUAUCAAAAUCCCAGGCUGCAGGAAGCAAGGCCUUGUCCACAGGAGCCACAUGUCCUCCUGCCGUGUGGACAAACCCUCCGAGAUGGUCGAUGUUGGGGACAAAGUCUGGGUGAAGCUCAUUGGGAAGGAGGUGAAGGAUGAGAAGCUGAAGCUCUCCCUCUCCAUGAAGGUCGUUCACCAAGGCACGGGGAAGGACCUGGAUCCCAACAACGUUUCCCUUGAGCAGGAUGAGAGGAAGAGACGCACCUUCAGGGAUUACACCAGCCAGAAGAUCACCCUGGAAGCCGUCCUGAACACGGUGUGCAAGAAAUGUGGCUGCAAAGGUCACUUUGCCAAGGAGUGUUUUGUGCAGCCUGGAGGAACCAAGUACAGCCUCAUUCCAGAGGAGGAGGAGGAAGAGGAGGGGGCAGCAGCAGCACGUGGAGGGGAUGAGAAGAUCAGCCAGGCUGAGGAGCCUUCAAAAAAGAGGAGAAAGGCUGGUUCUGUGCUGCAGCACACAACCCUCCAGAGAUACUCUCAGAGUGAAAAAAAGAUGAUAAUUGCUGUUCCUGGUCUUUGGGAGGCUCUGUGGGCAUUGCUUCAGUGGCCUGAAGCCCUGGGAUUGUUGCCAGUGAUCUGUUUUCCUUUCUCCUGCCCUCACACCUUUCUUUGAUGUGGACUCGGUGCCCUGCUGGCUGCAGGGGUGUCCUGACCCUGCCAGAGCUGUGGGAAUUGGGUUUAUCUGCACCCUCUGGGGGAAAAUCCCUGGCUGUGUUUGCACAGGGAGCAUUCCCAGGCUCCAGAGCAAUCGCUGGCCCUGUGAAAUGGCACCAGAUCAGAGACAUUUUCCAGGCAGAGUCUGACCUCAGCCUCGCAGCAGGAUGGGAUAAAAUAAAACACAGGUGAAGCUGUGUUUUGAACCCAAGCCAGGAGCUUUUGGUGGUCAGUUUUUUUCAGGGAUGAGUGGUCACAGAAUCCCAGAGGGUUUUGGGGUGGAAGGGACCUUAAAUCCCAUCCCAUCCCACCCCUGCCAUCAGCAGGGACACCUCCCACUGUCCCACACUGCUCCAGCCUGGCUUGGGACACAUCCAGGGACAGCCACAAUCCAGCUCAAGACUUCCAUAAAUAAACUCUUCCAUCAGCCCCUUCAUACUCCCACUUCUAAUUACACUUCCAAAGCCCUUUCUCUGUAUUUUCCCCUCUUUCCAGCUCUGUGGCCACUCUGUAUCCCUGGAGAGUGGCAACAGGCAGAAAGGGCUCCAGUUAUUUAAAUGUUUUGGGGAAAAAUGACACAAAGAAGUGCAGAAAUAGCACAAACAGCUUGUCCUACCCCUGCCCAUCCACCAGGAUGGGGAUUCCCAGUGGAGUCUUGCCCUGCAAGAUUUCCUACAGGAAAUGUCGGUCUCUGUCCUGAAUUUCUUCCUGAUUUUUUUGGGGGUUGGUGGAUUAAUAACUUUCCUUGAAAUCUCACUUGUUCC